AAGAGCUCAUCUAAAAAAAGGUAAGAGGCACCUCUUUUAAAAGAAAGCCUUUAGUGUAAAGUAUUGGGUAGAGGAUACGGGGGUCGGCCACUGGGUACCUAUCUGAAUGACGGGAUCCAUAAGAGUUGAGUAAGUAAGAUGCAUGCAUGUUAUUCUAUUUUGUAUGUUUAUAAGAAGUAAGUUAUUGUAUUGUAUGGUAUUGUCAGAAGUUGCAACUAAGUUGAGUACAUAGCCUAACCCGCUAUUGUAGAGUACAUAGCCUAACCCGCUAUUGUAGAGUACAUAGCCUAACCCGCUAUUGUAGAAUACAUAGCCUAACCCGCUAUUGUAGAUUUGUGUUUUGUGUAGAGGAGAAUAAGAUGGGAAAUCUUUUCUCCAGAGUUACCCCGGGGUCCCCUCUAGAAACCAUGAUUAAGAAGCAUGGCAAAGAGAUGGGAAAUAUAUGUAUAAAUGGAAAUUAGCCUCAGAAUCAGAUGAGGAUAAUUUUUGUUGUUGACCCUCACAGGGAUCUUUAAAUAUGGAAUCCUUAAAAGGACUCUGUAUGAAUUUAAAGAAAGACAUGUCACAUGUCUCCAAAAAUGAAUGGAGAGUGUUUUGUAUGUGGUUUAGGGAAGGUUUCAAAAUCUGGAGAAAGCAUAAUGAGUCUGCUCCAUUUGAAAACUCCCAACACCCUCAGGCGGCCGCCAGUUCCCUUUAUCCUGUUAGGAAGGAGGAAACUGAUAAAAAAACUGCAGAAAGAAUCUCAGAAUGUUGUACUUGUUGAUAAGUUAUAUCCUCCAUUGCUUACUAACAAUGAUAUGACUAUUGAUGAUUUGAUAUUUAAUCCUCCCCCUUAUAAUCAUGUUGCCCCUGGAGCUGAUGCUCCUGUUCUCAUUCCUGAACCUGUUCUCACCCCUCCCCAUUCUGUCUCAACACCCUUUUCAUCUCUAUCACCCUUAUCCCAAUCUACUGCUUCCCCUCCUCCUCUGCACCCAAUUUCCCCUCCUCCUUCUAUUGAUGUUAAACACCCAUAUGAUUUAAGAAAUACAGAUAAAACUGUUAAAGUAAAACAGAUUGCUUCGAGCACAGAAAGCAUGUAUCCUAUGAGAGAAAUAGGACAAAGGGAUAAUGCUGUUGUUCCCUUUACCAUGCAUCACCCUUUGGCACCGGGAGAACUGUUAGUUCUAAAACAACAAUUUCCCCAUCCUGGAGAUGAUAUUACUAAAUUUUGUGAUGUUUUGAAAGGACUGAUGACUGCUUAUGACCCUGUUAAACGAGAUUAUGAUCAAUUGUGGCAGAUUAUUUUAACCAGUGCAGAGUUUACUAGUUUUAAAGCAGCGUUUCCUAAAGUAGUACAUGUCUUGAAUUGGGAUACAGAUGUUGAAUUGGUAGAGCGCAAUGCUGCCGCACGCAAGACAUUGAAUGAUAAUAUUAUUAAAGCUUUUGUUGAAGGAUUUCCUCAGAACACUGACUGGACUAAGAUUAACACUGCUUUACAGGGUAAAAAUGAAAGUGUUGAAGAGUUUGCGGAUAGAAUUAAAAAGUUGGUGAAAGCAUAUAGUGGUGUGAAUGACCCAGAGAGAAACGCAGAACCUAUGAUAGUUGCUGCAUUUGUGAAAGGAUUGUUACCAGAGGUAAAGAAGGGAGUAAAAAGAGUGGUGAUUGGUUGGAGUUUAAAAGAUGUGGUCUCUGCUGCAAAGCAUUUUGAGAAAUAUAAAGAGGAUUCUAGAGAAAGGCAGAGAGUUGCUGAAGUUAAGGAGUAUAGAGCUGCAAUGAGAGCAGUGGUCUCUGCUUCACAGCCUGUGGCUGGAGGGGGAAGUACUGAUCAGUUGGUGCAGCAACCUGGAGGAAACGUGACAUGUUACAAUUGUGGCAAACUUGGUCAUAUGGCUAGGAAUUGCAAAUUCCCAAAAAAGAAUGUGAAUAAUGGUGAAGGUUAUAGCUUUGACAGACGGCAGUUCUCUAGUGCAACCGGUCAACAGAAAGCAAAGUGGGUACCCCCACUAUACAGACAGGACAGUAAUGUACGAGAUUGA